AUGGUACAAAAGACUAACCUAGCUUUUAGCCCAGCUGUUAUGAGUUGUCCUCUACCUAAAAAAUUCAAGAUGCCAACUCUUGAGAGCUUCGAUGGGACGCGGGACCCUCUCGACCAUUUGGAGACCUACAAAGCUCUUAUGUAUUUGCAAGCCGUACCGGACGAUAUUAUGUGCAAGGCUUUCCCUACCACACUCAAGGGUUGGGCUCGUCUUUGGUUCAAUAAAUUAAAGCCAGGCUCCAUUGAAAACUUUGAAGAGUUGAGCAAACAAUUCAUAGGACACUUCAUUGCUGGGCAGAAACACAGGAGACCAGCAACACAUUUACUUAAUGUGAAGCAGCAGAAGGGAGAGUCCCUUCGUGAUUACAUAAGUCAUUUUAACACUGAAAUGCUGCAAGUUGAAGAGGUGGACGACAAGGUUGCCCUCACAGCCUUUAUGGGAGGACUACAAACUUCUAAGUUCCUAUUUUCCUUAUCAAAGGAAGCCCCUACAAGCAUGACAGAGUUGAUGGUUAGAGCGCGGAAGCACAUGAACGCUGACUAUGGUGAAGAUAAGAGGUCGGAUAAGAAGAGGCCAACACCUAGCACUAGGGAGGAAAGGGAAUUGAAGUACAAGAAAUUCUCAAACAACCAGGCUGACAAAUCGUUUUGCCGCCCAGCGAGCCCAGGCAAGUAUAAUAACUAUACCCUCCUAGAUACAUCUGUAGAGCAAGUCUUUCUGCAGAUUCAAGAUAACGCAUCAUUGAAAUGGCCACCAAAGCUAAAAGUUGAUCCAACAAAGAGGUCUCGAGAUAAAUACUGUAGGUUUCAUCGGGACCAUGGACAUAACACAGAGGAUUGUUUCGACCUCAAAAACCAGAUUGAGAACCUUGUUCGUAAAGGUCAUUUACGCAAAUUCACAACUAGAAAUGGAAAAGGAGGCUCCAACCCAGACCGGGAGGGCCGAGAUGAUCGCCCUCCUCAACACCAACCAAUGGGUGAGAUCAAAGUUAUAUCGGGUGGCUUCGCUGGUGGUGGUGAGACGAGUUCAGCUCGGAAGGCUCAUGUUAGGAGAAUUCAGAGUUUUUCAGAGGUGAAUGAAGUUAGAAUGACAAGUCCUCCAACCAAAUUACCUCGAGUUGAGGAGCCGGUCAUAACCUUUUCUGAAGAAGAUGACAAGGGAAUUCACCAGCCCCAUGAUGACCCUCUGGUAGUUUCCAUGGUCGUUGCUAAUUUCACUGUUCGACGAAUACUAAUAGACAAUGGUAGCUCGGCUGACAUACUAUUUCUUAGGGCGUACGAGAAAUUGAAAAUUGGCCGAGAGAAGCUCCGACCCAUGAAGUCACCACUGGUGGGAUUUUCAGGCGACAAAGUAUAUCCACUGGGGGCAGUUACCCUUCGAGUUACUGCAGGAGCCAAUCCAAAGUAG